AGGCCAUCUGUCGCCCCGCCCCCAGGCUCUCACCCCCUGGAGUCGCGGCCUGCUCUCAGCUGGAGUGUCCCUGCGUGUAGCAGGAUGGCGAGCUGCUUCUCGGAGGAGAAGUUUCAGGAGGUCUGCGCCGAGCUCCAGCAGCCCGCUCUGGCCGGGGCCGACUGGCAGCUGCUGGUGGAGACCUCGGGCGUCAGUAUCUACCGGCUGCUGGAUCAGCAGAGUGGACUUUAUGAGUAUAAAGUCUUCGGUACGUUAAAGGACUGCUCCCCAGUGCUACUCGCAGAUGUCUACAUGGAUUUAGAAUAUAGAAAACAGUGGGACCGGUAUGUUAAAGAUAUCUAUGAAAAGGAAUGCAAUGGAGAGACCGUGACGUACUGGGAAGUGAAGUAUCCCUUCCCCAUGGCCAACAGAGACUAUGUUUACAUCCGGCAGCGGCGAGACCUAGAGGUGGAGGGGAGGAAGAUCCAUGUGGUCCUGGCCCAGAGCACCUCUCUGCCUCAGUUUCCCGAGAAGCCUGGUGUGAUCCGGGUAAAUCAGUACAAGCAGAGCCUGGCGAUUGAGAGCGAUGGCCAGGCGGGGAGCAGAGUGUUCAUGUAUCACUUUGAUAACCCGUGUGGCCAAAUCCCGUCCUGGCUCAUUAACUGGGCCGCCAAGGUGAGAUCCCAGGGGCGGGAGUGGAGGAAGGGUGUUUGGAAAUGUUGGCUUAGCCGGCGAGGCUGUCAGGCUGAAGAGACACGGUGCCCCAGCGUCACGGGGCUCUUUUGUGAAGAGCUCGGUUGAGUGACUCCGGUUAGGAGCUGCCAACAACCCGGAUGGAGGCAAAGACAAAAGACAAAGUAAUUGUUAAUUUGGAGUGCCAGCUCCUCCCUGCUGGUGGCCCCAGACCCGGCCAGGAUCACUCUCUGGCACCUCUGGACAAUCGGCUGCUCCCUGCAGGAAAAAUUGUGCUUUUGGACCCAGUAUGUGCUUAUGAAAGAGGAAGACAGACCUGACUCGGGGGGUGGCCAGGCUUAACGACAACCAGACAAGCCCAGGCCUGAUAAAGUCCUCUGGUUUUGUUGUUCCUUUUUUUCUUUUCUUUUUCUUUUUUGCUUCUGUAAGGGAAAGAAACUGCAAGGGUAGCCUAGGUCACUAGAGACUAUCUAGGACCCUGGCAUUAUGGGGAGCAUUCACCCUGUUUUAUACAGGUUCAAGGGAGAGAGAAAAUGCGCAUCAAUUUUCAGGUUGAAAAGAAGUGAUUUUGAAUCCUGGCUGUGCUGUUGACUGUGUUUUAUUUACUUAGGGAAGCUGUGAAUUUCUCCUUUUACAAAAAUAGAGAUAAAAGUUUUCUGUUCCAUGGAGGAGCGUUUAUAAAAGUCUCGUGCUUGGGUUAACACUAUUAAGUAAUAAUACAUCCUACCAUCUGACCUCAAAUCCUUACUCUUUCCUAAUCCUAGAAAGCAAGUCCUUCUUGUUGCUGCUUUGGAAGAUCCAACAACCCCGCAAGAUCACACUUUCAGUCCUUUCUUUUCUCUUGAAGAAACAAAAUCUCACAGAGUUCUCUGUAUUUUAUUAGCAAUGGGCGAAAUGGAAGGCAGUUCCUUGCAGCAACAAGGAUGUCUAGACUUCCCUGUGCUCAAAUCUUGCCUUUCAUCAUUACGUGUGAGAACAUCCUGUUGAAAUCUGCUUUGGGACCCUACUGUCUUUUAUUGUGCCCAGAACCAUCUUUCUCUACCUUGUGAUCACCAGGAGGAUAUAAAAAUGACAGUUUCUUUUCCUUUGCAGAAUGGCGUGCCGAACUUCCUGAAAGAUAUAGUGAAAGCCUGUCAGAACUACCUCAACAAAACCUAAGAAAGAGAGCUGGGUGUAGCGGGAUGCGCCUGUAAUUCCAGCAUCCUGGGAGGGUGAGGCAGGAGAAUUAUAAUUUGAGCCCAACUUGGGCAACU